AGUGGUAGCUCGGUUACGUUACUUUAGCGGUAGACGACAGUGCGUGGAGUAGAUAGCACUUCUACAGUGGAGUAGCAUCACAGAUCGACAGAUCGAUAGGGCGGUCCACAUCCGACUAGGAUACUCGCUCUUAACCAAUCAGCCCGACUGAUCAGCGGAGAAAACCCAACUAAAUUACUCCUACAGACGCAUCCCUCCGCCCUAAACAAACCCAUUUGAAAACUACCCCCGACUCCACUUUGCCAGCCUACAAGACCUCCCCGCUCCUCCCUCCCCGGGCCCGUCACACCACCGCGUCAAGUCCAGCCAGGGACGGCAAUGCGCAGGGCAGCGGCGAGGAGGGAGCCAUGAGGUGCCGGACGCACCCCUACGAGAGCGCGGUCGGCGUGUGCGCCGCCUGCCUCCGCGGCCGCCUGCUCGCGCUCGCCGCCAAGCAGAACCAGGCGCCCUCGCUGCCCCCGACGCCGCUGCCGGAGCCCGUCCCGCUCUUCCCGAGGUCGGUGUCGCCCUACGUCUGCCCCCGCAAGUCCGACGCCGCCUCGGGGCCCGGGCCGUGGCGCCACCCGUCCAGCCGCCUCUUCUUCCGGACGCCCCAGGUCGGGCCCGGCACCGGCUUCGAGGAGGGCGACACCGGGUUCCAGAUCAGGCGGAGGCGGAGCAGCAAGCUCUCCGCCCUCGCCGCGCUCUUCGGCGGUCACCGCCAGCACCGGCACGACGCAUCGGAGGAGAAGGGCGGGGGGCGGAGGCACGGAUCUUGGCUCGCGGGGAUCAUGCCGCGCGCGCGCGGUCGACGGAAGGAGGGGCCGGCGACGGAGUCGCCGCUGUCCCCGCGGCGCUCCUCCCGCGUGAUCAGCAACCGGGGGCUCUCGCCGGUGCGGUGCUCCUACGAGGAGAGCGAGGAGGGCGGCUCGGUGGCGGACUCGCCGUGGCGGCCGUCGCCGAUGCGGAAGACCCCCUGCCGUCGCCUCCUGGGCGGCGCCGGGGCCGGCGUGUCGGGCUUCGCGGUGUGCAUCAGCCCGCUCGUCCGCCCCAGCCCGGCGCGGAACCACCACCGCGGAGGCCACCCUCCGGACGCCCCCGCGCUGUCCGGCGAGCUCCGGCCGUCGCCGCUCCACCAGCCCUCCUCCGGCUCCUCCCUCCACCACUGCCGCUCCUGGAAGCUGGCCGACGGCGGCCGCUUCAGGUGAGGCCAACCACCGUCCCGCAUAUUCCGGCCAUUCGUCCCAGAUUCCUCAGAGGCCAUUUUUUUUCGGGGAUUUGCCCCCCUUUAGCUUUACUUGUAAACUGGAGAAGGAAUCUGGGGCCCGGAUAGGGGCUCCGUUCCGCUGACAUGUGGGCAACUGUAUUGGUGCCUGUCAGCUGAGCAUGCUGUAAAAAAAGCUUCAUGUGUCUGUGUAUACUAGUUCAUUUAUUUGCGUGUCA